AUGCCGAACCCGACAGAUAUUCCGGCCUUUGCCGCCUCCCAGUUGACGUUGCUCGAUGCUGAGCUCAAGGCUGAGCUCUCGGAAACGGACGCCCUCCUCUCCUCGCACACUCCGACAGCGCUCGCUCGUGGCGGCCUGGCCAUCUUGAAUCUCAAUGUAUCCUCCGUACGGACCGGUAUGGGUGGCAAGACCAUUGUCGAGCUUGCUCUGGACCCGGCAAUAGCCACGAAAGGUGCGAAACCAGAAAUACCUGAGCACGGCAUACGGGUUGGAGAUAUUGUGGCAGUUGCAGAUCAGCCGGCAGGCAGCGCAAAAAAGACGGAGAAGAAGGAGCUGGAGAAGAAAGGUGCAGGGGGUGUGGUACUACGAGUGAGGCGUGAGAACAUUGAGGUUGUGCUGGAUAAGGAAGAUGCGGACGUGCCGGGCGGAAACAAGCUAUGGAUAGUCAAGUUGGCGAAUGAUGUCACCUAUAAGAGGAUGAAUCAGACCAUGACCAGGCUGCAGAAGUUCAGCGAGCAGGAAUACACACCCUUCAUGAGAGUGCUCUUUGGACAGGGUUCGCCAUCUCCCCUGCCAUCAGACCUCAACGACCCCUCGAAUCCGUUGCACAAGCUGGAGUUCAGCGACCCGAGCUUGAACGAUAGUCAAAAGGAAGCUAUCAGAUUCGCCAUAGCGUCACGGGAAGUUGCUUUGAUUCACGGCCCACCAGGCACAGGAAAGACGCAUACACUGAUCGAGCUGAUCCUGCAGUUGUUGAAGCAGAAGCUACGUAUUCUUGUCUGCGGCCCAUCCAACAUUUCAGUAGACAACAUAGUCGAACGGCUUGCUUCUCACAAGGUCAAUAUGGUGCGACUUGGUCAUCCAGCUCGACUCCUUCCAUCUGUUCUAAAUCACUCGCUUGAUGUCCUUACCCGCACGUCAGAAGCUGCAGCCUUGGUUCAGGACGUACGCAAAGAGAUGGACGACAAGCAAGCGUCUAUUCGGAAAACUCGUAAUGGCAGAGAGAAGAGACAGAUCUACACUGAACUGAAAGAGCUGCGACAAGAAUAUCGAGAGCGUGAGAAAGGCUGCGUUAAUAACCUCGUUGGUGGCAGCAAGGUCGUCCUCGCAACACUACAUGGAGCAGGCGGCUUUCAUCUCAGAGGUCAAGAGUUCGACGUGGUCAUCGUGGAUGAAGCAAGUCAGGCCCUUGAAGCUCAAUGCUGGGUUCCUCUCCUAUGGGUCAAGACAAACAAGCUCGUGCUUGCCGGCGAUCAUCUCCAACUCCCACCUACCAUAAAGUCGCUGAAUUCAAAAGAGUCGAAGGUUGGGAAAAAAUCUGUUAUGAGUGCAGGGACGGACGCUUCAGGUAUCAGUAAAACCCUAGAGACCACCCUCUUCGAUCGUCUACUCGCCCUUCAUGGACCCAGCAUAAAACGCAUGCUGACGACCCAAUAUCGUAUGCAUGAAGCCAUUAUGCGUUUUCCUUCUGAUGCACUCUACGAAUCCCAACUCAUGGCCGCCGAGUCAGUCAAAGCGCGUCUGCUUACCGGUCUUCCGUACGACGUGCAAGAGACUGAGGACACAAAAGAGCCUCUAGUAUUUUGGGACACGCAGGGCGGUGAUUUCCCCGAGAAAAUCGAGGACGAGGGCGUGAUUGGCAAAGGAGGUAAGGGCAUGAGUCUCGGCGAUAGCAAAAGCAACGAAGCCGAAGCGGCAUUGGUCAUGAUGCACGUUAACAACCUGAUCGCCGCGGGUGUGCAGGAAGGGGAUAUUGCAGUGAUUACGCCUUACAAUGCGCAGGUACGUGGUCAUUUCGUGUAUUCAUGCGAUCUUAAGAUCUUCUCUUCUCCCCUGCCAGACGCUACUGCCGCGCCGACCCGGAUCGGUGACUUGGGAGAUGGGACCCCUGUCGGCAAACCUGCCUGCACACCGUCAUAG